ACUUGCCUUUCACACUCUUAUUUGACUUGAGACAUUAUUGCUACAGUACCUUAUUAUACUGUAUAAUAGUCAACUUUUCUUCCCUUUAUACUUGAAAAGUUGAUACUCUCGGCAAAUACUCGAAACAACCAUGAGCUCCAUAACUCGAUUCUUCCCUCUGAGAGCGACCAAGUCGGUCUUCGCUCCUCGCAUGAAACCCGCCUUCGUGGCCCCUCUAAACUCAAAGAGAACAUACUCGCAUGGCUCUUACGGCAGCGCAGAGAGCGAUAAAGAUAAGCCGCAGAAUACUUCUUCUACCAAGAACAUCGAGCAUCCCGGCCCACCACCCCCAAACACCAAGUCCAACAACAAGCCCUCUGAGAGCGGACAAUCCCAAGGCGACACGCAGGACACCUCCAACAAAGCCAGCCCGAUCAUCACAGGCGGGAAACAGAGCCCCGUCGUAGACGGCGAGGGCAAAGUCAAGGAGAAUGCGCCUGAAGAUGUGAAGAAGCAUAAUGAGGACGUGGCGAAUCGGGCUGAUUCGCCUUAUAACCAGAUUGGGGCCGACAGUAAGGUCCGGAAGGGAUUUGCGGCGAAGGGGAGUAGUAGUGAUAAGGAGACUUGAUUAUGGGAUACUAGGCAGGAUUUGACUUGGAGUUGGAGGUUUGGUAGGAUUUAUUGUAUUGGUGUUUAUGGGUUUGUUCGAUUUGGUACUUCCCUGUGUGUAUUGUGUAUAGAUUCUAUUUUGCUCUGAUGAUUAUGGAUGGAUAAUGGUGGUUGAUAGGAUGUGGUUGGUUGGAUUGUUUUAUUUGAUGUGUCUUAAUUUGUUCACUUGUCUGACUUGUAUUAUCCCUAUGCAUACCAUGUUAAUAUUUUGAAAAUGUGUUAUUGCUUAACAUAUAAAUUUUAGAUAUGAAUGAAGCUAUCCAAAUACUCC